AUGGCAACAGCUUCACCAGCUCCAUCCGGGCCCCAGCCCUCCCUCACCUUUACCCGCCCCGUCUUCGCCAAGCUCUCCCCCCACCCGUACCUCCUUCGCACUCUUUCCCCCGACUCCCCAGACCAGCAGCCCACCCGCAACAACGGCCGCGCGCCGCACCAGUCACGCCCGAUCCAGAUCAAUACCUCCUCCCUAUCCCAAGCUCAUGGCUCUUCCCUCGUCCGAACAGGCGACACGACCGUCAUCUGCGGCGUCCGAGGCGAGCUCCUCCCCGUGACGGCCAUUCCCCAAUUCCGACCUCACAACGAGACGCUCUACGAUCAAGACGAGGGCGAUGAGGCAAGGGCGAGGAAAGAACUCAAGGAUUACGAUCUGCUAGUCCCCAAUAUUGAGCUGGCAACAGGGUGCGCGCCGCAGUUCUUGCCGGGUGUACCGCCUACGACGUUGGCGCAGACGGUGAGCACGAGGGUGUACAGUCUUUUGCACGGGGCUGGGGUGGUGGACGGGCGGGGGUUGAGGGUGUGGUUCACGCCGGAGAGUAAGAAGGAGGAAGGGGAUAUGGAAGUUGAAGGGGAGGAGGAGCGGGAGGAGCAGAAGCCGCAGUUGGUGGCGUAUUGGGUGCUGUAUAUUGACUUACUCUUUGUCAGCUUUGACGGGAACCCGUUUGAUGCUGCUUGGGCGGCGGUUUUGGCUGCGCUGAAGGAUACGAAGCUUCCCAUGGCGAGGUGGGAUCCUGAUAGGGAGAUGGUUGUUUGCCGGAAGGGGCAGGAUACGAGGUUGAAUGUCAGGGGACUGCCGGUGGCUUGUUCGGCGGCGGUGUUUUUGGAGAAGGAGCAUGGUGAGGUGGGAAGGGGGGAGCGGAAUAGGCAUUGGAUUUUGUUGGAUCCGGAUCGGAGCGAGGAGGAGCUGUGCAAGGAGGUCGUUACUGUUGUUGUGGAUUGCUCGGACGGGGGGGAGACGAGGGUGAGGAGUAUUGAGAAGCAGGGUGGGACGGUGAUUGGGAGGGAGUUGAUUAGGGGUUUUGUUGGGGUUGCGGAGGGGAGGUGGAGGGAGGUGAAGGAGGCGAUGGGGAAUUAG